AAAGUGUUUCUCCUUUUUUCACUGAAAUUAAGCAUUUUAUGUGGUGAUAUUGAAGAAGAUUGACACCAUUUGUUGUUCAUAAAUAUCAACGCAUCAUAUAAGCUAUGUUUAGUGAAUAUCAGAAAAAGAAUAAUGCAAAAGGCUCAAAGUUAAACUAUCAUCUUUAACUCAAUAUGGCUGAUGCUGCACUAUACAAGCAAUUGAAGGAGGAGUUUGUGAGUAACUGUACUGGAACAAGUGUAGGGGAGAUUGCCCUGGUUGUUACAACUGCUCCAAUUGCUGUUCUACUAAGAGAUGUUGCAUCUGCAUGGUUUGGAAUAUCACAGCUAUCAGAAACAUUUAUAGGAUUGAAGCUGUUGUUUGACUUCUCCAUGCUAAUCCUCCCAGUUCAGCUAUGCUUCACUCUGCUGGCAGACCACACAACACAGAUUCUUACAACAUUGCUCAUGUUCAUAUUAGGAAUACUCAUAGCUUCCCGCUCCAUCACAAGUUACAAGACUUCUAAGAAUGGAGGAACAAUCACAAAUACUUUGGACAUUCUAAAUAAGAAAUUGUCAGCACACAGGCCCUUCAUCUCAGGCUUUAGGGCUUAUGUAAACAUUGCUACUGCCAUAUCAAUUCUAGCAGUGGAUUUUAGAAUAUACCCACGGAGAUUUGCCAAAGUAGAAACAUAUGGAAGUGGAUUAAUGGAUGUCGGAGUCGGAGCUUUUGUGAUAUCUAACGCCAUUGUUAGCAGGGAAGCCAAAGGAAAACAUGACCAACAUAGUUCAGUGGGGUCAGCAUUAUCAAGUUUGCUGAGGUCCAUCAAGUCAUGCAGUCCAUUGAUACUUCUGGGCUUGGUGAGAUUGUUGUCAGUGAAGUCAACAGAUUACCAGGAACAUGUAUCAGAAUAUGGGGUCCAUUGGAACUUUUUCUUUACAUUGGCUGUUGUAAAGGUUUUAUCCACUGUUGUGUUUACUUUGUUCUCUCCAGUGUGGAGUGGAGUUCUAGGCAUUCUCAUUACAUGUGUCUAUCAGUACUGUUUGGAGUUCACUGGCCUCCGUAACAUCAUCCUGCAUGGAAGUGAUGGCUCAGACUCCAGAGAAGGAUUUUUGAAUGCUAACAGGGAAGGUAUCUCAUCAUGUCUAGGUUACCUAGCUAUCUACUGCAUCGGAGUUCAGAUUGGAAGACAUAUCUUCAAGCCAAGAGAGCGUCUAAAGGAUUGGCUGUGGCUGCUGUUGGAGAUUGUUCUACUUGACCUCCUUAGUUGGGGGUUGUAUUUUGUAUGUGACAGACACAUAGAGCCAAUCUCUAGGAGGAUGGCAAAUAUAUCAUUUGUCAUCUGGAUGGUAUCGUACAACCUUCAGUCUCUUGGCAGCUUCUUACUAGCAGAUCUCAUAUACCAGAUAACCAUUCCAGAUCCAACACUUACAGCUUCAGGAAAGAAUGCUGGGGAUGUAGCAAUAGAUGAGAAACAUAUUUUAGAUGAACAGUGUCUGCUCACAGCCAUCAACCGAAAUGGACUCUUUUAUUUCCUAUUAGCCAAUCUCCUUACUGGGGCAGUGAAUUUUUCAAUUAAAACAUUAUUUAUGGCGGACAUUCCUGCAUUUAUGGUGAUAACAGCUUAUAUGUUUCUGCUCUCUGCUGUCUCAGUGUUUCUUCAUACGUUUAAUAUUACAGUGAAAUUCUGGUAAAAAACCAUAAAACAGACUAUGAAUUACUGUUAGUUGUACUUUUAAUUGUAUUUUAAAACCAAUAAAUAUCCAUUUUUGGAUAAUUUU